AUUAUUUCCACGCACUAGAGAGGAACUUUCCGCGGCCAACAUAUCUUGUGCAGACUAUGGCAGUACUCAAGAAGCCUUUUCCUGGUGCUCCUGCCAGAAUUGACACAACAGUCUUUCACAGGAACGCUAUUGCCUUGACACGCGAUGUAGACCGGGACUUCUUUCCAGCAAUAAAAUGAAUUUGGGAAGGUAAUAGACACCUGGCAAUCUCUGCCUGACGCGGAGUGUUGUCGCGUCAGCCACAAGACAUAUCCUCUCACCAUCAGCACAUCACUCAUCGUUAUCUAAGUCCGACUAUCGUUACCAUUCUUUCACUAUGGCAGACCGUGAGGGCUCUCAAGAGGACACUGGCGAAUGCCGAGAGGUAGAUCAGAAGCACACCAAGGAUAUGUCCAGUAAACAAAGCCCUCCUCCAAGCGACAGUAUGAAACUUGCAACCUACAUAGCCAGCCUCGACACGGAGCAGCGCAACGCGAUUUCAGAAUUCAUUCAAGCGACAAAAGAGCCUGUUAGUGUGGCUAUUCAAACGCUACAAGGAUGCCAGUGGGAUCUGCUCGAAGCUGUUGGGCGUUUCGGCGAGGACGAUGAACAGGAGGUUGAGGGUAACCUUCACCUGUCGGCCCCCGCCAUCGAACCCAUUCGUAAUUCACGUACGCGGGAAUCUUUUUCACGCAGAGGCCCGAAGCGGGUCCCUACCCGUGAUACUUAUAUUUUGGAUUCGCGGUCGUGGCGCCGCGCGGCGCUGUACAACAGUACAUCCAAGAACGGCAAAAAGAACCCACAGAGUCCGAAAUCUGUUAUAUUCGACCCGGUCACGCUCGAUUACACGCAUUCGAGGCCCAACACACCGUCCGCUCCCAUGUUCAUCUCGUAUUAUUCGGACAAGCUGUGGUACAGUGGCUUCAUGAAGCCUUAGGAGAGGUUCAAGGACGAAGUCAUGGAUCAGUGGAUAAACGAGCGGUACUCUGACGCAUUCGGCGAGCUACGAUGGAAUAUGGCGCCCACCCACUUCUUUAACGCCAGCAUCCCUGUUCUGCGCGACAACCCCGAAGCGUUCGAAUGCGAUUUCGAGGACCAUGCUGUGCUCCCCGUUCAGACGGCGAUGGGAUUUCUGCUAGCAACCCAGGACUUCAAGAAGCGGACCAGGACAAGAGAGUGUAACCUAGGCGCUGCCGA